AAUUUCUUCUUUUAUUUUUUGGUUUGGUUUGGUUCUGACGAGAGAAAGAGAAAAAGGUUGAUAAAGGACGAAUAGUUUCUCUUUUUUCCUUGUUUGAUUUUGAGAGCAGCGGAAAGGAAAGGAGAGGAGAAGAAAAUGAAAUUCGGUGAAAUAAGCAAUGUUUUCCCCUUGUUUUUCUCCCGUUCUCUUCUUAUCGACCUUCAAAUCAAACUAAGAAGAGGAGAGAUUUCCUUCAUUUUCCCGUCUCAAAUCAAACUACGACUUUCUGAUUAUUUGUCUGUUUGGUUUAUCUGAAAAGCGGAACAGAAAGAAAGAAGACGAUAUGUUUUGGAUCUGCCGUUUAUAUUAGUUCAGUUUCGAAUUUUAACCAGGGUUCAAGUACCCUGAUUCGGGGUGUGGAAUCUUUAAGAGGAUCCUCAGUCUUUGCUGUGUUGACCACACUUUCUUGCUUUGGGCAUUUCGUUGGAGAAGAACCUUGUACCUUGUCUAAAUCUGAUGUCGUCUUUGCGGGACUGAGGAAAUGGGGGGUUGUGUCUCAACUAGCAGUCUGAGGGGUCGUAAUGGCAGGAGCAGGGGAGAGUCUCUCUCUCCCUCUUGUCUGGGCCUUGGGUUAUGCAGGAGGAAGCGCAGUAGGAAAACAUUUUCCGACCAUGUCACCAUGCUGCAGCAUUUGUCCUCCAUUCCUAACCGGAUUUUUACAAAUGGAAAGAGCCGAACUUCUUGCAUUUUCACUCAGCAAGGACGUAAGGGCAUAAACCAGGAUGCAAUGAUUGUGUGGGAAGAUUUCUUAUCAGAUGAUGUGACUUUCUGUGGUGUCUUUGAUGGCCAUGGUCCACAUGGCCAUCUUGUUGCUCGCAAAGUAAGGGAUGCGUUACCGUUAAAGCUGUUGUCAUUCUUGCAUUCUUGUGAGUUGAAGCAAAAUGGGUCUGGCACUAGCUGUUGUGCUGGGAAUCUUAAAUCAGAUGGAGGAGAUAUGGAAAAGGAUGGUGCUACAGAGGAUAAGGUGGACUCUUCAUGGAGAGAGGCUUUUCUCAAAUCAUACAAAGCAAUGGACAAGGAGCUAAGAUCCCACCCUAACUUGGACUGCUUUUGCAGUGGUAGCACUGCUGUCACUAUAUUGAAGCAGGGCUUAAAUCUUUACAUGGGAAAUAUUGGGGAUUCUCGGGCGAUCUUGGGAUCUAAGGACAAUAAUGAUUGCAUGGUGGCAAUUCAGUUGACUGUUGAUCUAAAGCCUGAUUUGCCAAAGCUAAUAUUAAUAGGGGAAGCUGAAAGGAUUAAACGGUGUAAAGGAAGGGUCUUUGCAUUGCAAGAUGAGCCUGAAGUGCCCAGAGUGUGGCUACCAUUUGAUGAUGCCCCUGGCUUAGCAAUGGCUCGAGCCUUUGGGGACUUCUGUUUAAAAGAGUAUGGUGUAAUCUCUAUUCCGGAAUUCUCACACCGAACUCUUACAGAACGCGACAAGUUCAUUGUUCUUGCUUCUGAUGGGGUUUGGGACGUGCUGAGCAACGAGGAAGUGGUUGAGAUAGUAUCGACAGCUCCAACACGGUCGUCGGCGGCAAGGAUCCUGGUUGACUGUGCAGCACGAGAAUGGAAAUCCAAGUACCCAACAUCUAAGAUGGAUGACUGUGCGGUGGUUUGCUUAUUUUUGGACGGGAAAGUGGACUCCGAAUCUGACUGCGAAGAACAAGGCUUCUCAUCGGCAACCAUCCAGAGCAACCAUUCCGGCAACGCCGCAGAAUCGGACGAUGGCCAGAACUCCGAGCCAUCCUUGCAGAGAAACUUCACCGUCAGAUCUUCCGAAGAAAAUGACCCCUACAAAAGGCUACCAGUCGAGGAGGCAGAAGAAGUAGACGAGGAAGCUGCUGCUGUUCUGGAAGAUCAGAACUGGUCGGGUUUGGAAGGCGUUACUCGCGUGAACUCGCUUGUCCAACUCCCCAGAUUCUCGGAGGAAAGGCCGCCGAAAGCCUAAAAAGUUUGUGUGUGUCUGAGAAAACCCAAUGCUGUUAUAGCCUUCUGUUUCGGUGCCUCGGCUUCUUCCUCUUCACAAAUCAAUCCACCAAGCCAUAGAAGAUGUUGUGCCUGGACUAGUGGCUUUGUUUUGAAGGUUAUAAUGGAAGAAUUUGUUCCAUUGCAUCAUUCUGUUUGCUCUUAUUGCUCAAAAAACAGGGGCGCCUCUCACUCACUAAGGCCUGUUUGGCAAGUUGGUGAUUUAUGCUAUAGCAACAGAAUGAUUUAGAUUUAAUCAGCGGUUAGCAGCAGCAGUAGUAGAAGUAGUUGGGUAAGUGUUACUCAUUAUCCGCAGGCCAUCAGCUUCUAGGGGGCUAAUGCCUUUUUGGCUCAUUCUUCAUUUCUGCAUUUUCUGUUUUCGCAUUGUGACCUCAAACAUGAACAUCAACAUUUGCAGGUGCCCUUUGUAUUAUAUUGCAAAUAUUCCCCUUUCAGUAUUUGAUGUGAAUCCACCCGAAAAUAUUCAAUCUAA